AUGAAGAUUAUAUAUAUAUUUGCAUUAUUAUUAGUAUUCUUAGCGACGUUUAUAUCCGCUGGUCGAGAUUUUUACAAAAUUUUAAAUAUACCAAAAUCAGCAACACUAAAUCAAGUAAAAAAAGCUUAUCGAAAAUUAGCCAAAGAAUUGCAUCCUGAUAAGAACAAAAAUGAUCCACAAGCACAAGAACGUUUUCAAGAUUUAGGCGCUGCUUAUGAAACUCUGUCGGAUGCUGACAAAAGAAAAAUUUAUGAUAAAAGUGGCGAAGAAGGUUUAAAACAGCAGGGUGGUGGAGAUUCAUCUCACGAUCCAUUUUCCAGUUUUUUCGGCGAUUUCUUUAAUUUUGGUGGCGGAUCAAGAGAUGAUGGACAGAAGCAUAUUCCACGCGGUGGAGAUUUAGUGAUGGAUUUAUACGUCACACUUGAAGAAGUUUAUAGUGGAAAUUUUAUUGAAGUGGUUCGAGCUAGACCAACUCCAAAGACAACAAGUGGCUCAAGAAAAUGUAAUUGCAGAAUGGAAAUGAGAACAUCGCAAAUGGGCCCCGGGCGUUUUCAAAUGAUUCAAGAACAAGUAUGUGAUGAUUGCCCAAAUAUUAAGUUUGUCACUGAAGAAAAAGUGCUUGAAAUCGAAGUUGAAUCAGGUGUAUCUGAUGGAUAUGAAAUAUCAUUUCAUGCUGAAGGCGAACCUCAUAUUGAGGGCGAACCAGGAGAUCUGAAAUUUAUUAUUCGCAUUCAAACACAUCCAUAUUUUGAACGUAAAAAUAAUGAUCUGUAUACAAAUCUAACGGUCACACUACAGGAUGCCCUAAAUGGAUUUAAUGUAUCGUUUCCUCAUCUUGACGGACACCAGGUAACUGUCAACCGUGAAAAGAUAACAUGGCCAGGUGCUCGUAUAAAGAAGAAAGGUGAAGGUCUUCCACAGCACGAUCAAAACAAUAUCAUCGGUGAUCUGUAUGUUACCAUCGAUGUUGAUUUCCCCAAAGGUGAACUCAAUGAUGAACAACGCGAAGCCAUAAGAACAUUACUACAUCAAGAGUCAAAGCAUCGAUUGUACAAUGGCCUUUAA